GGCCAGUGCGCGCAUCAACAUCAGACGCUCUGGGACAGAUGGACAAAGCAAGUCGCGCUGCAUAAUCAACGCAUCGUGUUUUUGAACGCUGCGAGGAAGGCGGCGACCCGCAGCCAUGCAGUCUGUGCGCCUGUGGGUUUGGCUGCUGAGCGCAUUGGUGUCAAUUCUUAUAUCGAAGCAGACCCAUCUCAUUUUCCACUUGAGCCAGCUUCUGGACUUCCUUUCCGUGCCUCAGUGGAUCUAUCUCUUGCCCAUCUCGCUGACGUUGGCUUGGGGCAUUGCUCAAGUCUGUUUCAUUUGGCUGAACACACUGAAGAUACCAUCCAGAGGCAAGGCGGUUUUCAUCACAGGUUGCGAUAGCGGGUUUGGACACCACUUGGCUCUUCGUUUACGCGACAGAGGCUUUCUCGUUUUCGCUGGUUGUCUGUUCCCGCAGGGGGAAGGAGCAUCCCGUUUAAUCAAGAGCUCCCAGAAAACCCGCGGCGACGGUGCGAUAUUGGUUGUACCGUGCGACGUCACAAGUGAGGACAGCUUGAAAGAAGCCGUCAACUUUGUGUCAACCAACCUCAGGGGCAAAGCUCUCUGGGCAGUCGUCGCGAAUGCCGGAAUCCUGACGUCCGGCUACGUGGAAUGGGCUUCGAUGUCGAAGCUGCAGAGGAUGUUCGACGUCAAUGUUUUCGGGGUCAUGAGAACGAUACGGGCCUUCGUCCCGUUUCUGAGGACAUCAAAAGGUCGUGUUGUUGUCACAACGAGCUGGGCGGCUCACUUCGCUGCGCCGAACUUGGUAUCAUACGCGAUGACGAAGCAUGCUGUUCUCGCUCUUUGUAACGGUCUCCGUGCAGAACUCCUGCCCUUCGGGAUCGAAGUCAGCUCUAUCGAGCCAAACAUGUACAAAACAUCGAUCAUUCCUCCCUCGUCCGACGAAUUGGACGAACUGUGGGCUUCCUUGACUGACGAGCAGCAAACUGCGUACGGAGACGCUCUGCUGAAAAAAAGCCAUCAGAUGCUCAAAGACUUUGCUCAUCUCUGUGAAUCCGACCUAACUUUCCCAAUCAAUACGUUCGAGCACGCGAUCGUCUCUAGAUUCCCGAAGCCGAGCUAUCAGAGUGAUAGACUCUCGAUGUUGAUUUUGUCAAAAAUCGUCCUCUUCCUGCCGGAACAGUUCAACGAUUUCCUGCUGCAAAAUGUUAAUCGGCUCCUCUCACUUGGACGUCUCCUGCAUAAUUGACUCCCGAUCCCGAGCCGUGAUCAUAUUCAAUUGUGAAGCCGGAGGAAGCUGAGCUCCUCGGAGCGAAUAAAGACGAUUAUUCAAUGUACUGUCUCAACAAGGGAACUUCACC